AUGACGCGUUUCCUCUUCUUUCAGCACGUACUUUACUUCUGUGCACUAAUCUUUGUCGCUACAUGCGAAGAAAAGAAAAAAGUUGACGAAACUCCUGCAGUUGAUGCUAAAGCUGACGCUUCUCAGGCUGAGAAAAAACAAGAUAAACGAGGAAUUUAUUCUUUUGGGGAUUAUCAUGGAUCUGAAAGCCAUCAUGGAUGGCAUCAUGCUCCUAUUGAAGAAGAAAAAACCUUAACUGUCGUUAAAAAAAUCCCCGUCCCAUAUCCUGUUGUUGAUGUCAAACACGUUGAACAUGUGAAACACGUGCCUGUUCCCGUUAAAGUUCAUGUCCCAAAACCUUAUCCAGUUGUCAAAACAGUGCAUUAUCCGGUUAAGGAAGUAGUUAAAGUACCUGUUCAUGUUCCAAAACCAUACGCUGUCGAAAAGAAAGUUCAUUAUCCUGUGCAUGUACCUGUUGAACGUCCCGUUGCCGUAAAAGUUCCAGUUAAGGUUCCUGUGCCUGUUGUAAAGAAUGUCAAAGUUGAGCAUGUUGUUCACGUCCCAAAGCCUUAUCCAGUUGAGAAGGUUGUUCCAUAUGAAGUCAAAGUACCCGUUCAUGUCGACAAACCAUAUCCAGUUGAAAAAGUUGUCCAUUAUCCUGUCAAAGUUCCCGUUGAUCGUCCAGUCCCUGUUCAUGUUGAAAAGCCCGUUCCUGUGCAUGUUGACAAACCUGUUCCUUAUGAAGUUAUCAAGAAUGUUCCUGUAGCAGUUCAUGUGCCUGUUGAUCGUCCUGUACCUGUUCAUGUCGACAAACCUGUUCCAUACAAAGUUACUGUUCCCGUUCCUGCUCCAUUCCCCGUUACAAAGGAAGUUCCUGUUCCCGUAAGUUAUAUGAACGUUAUGUAUUUACCAAGCAAUUGGGAAGAGACAUCACAAGGAUAUGGUUAUCUUAAUGCAGCAUCAUCUAACAACCAAAAUCAUCUAACACCAUUAAUUCAAUACAAUAGCAAUAGUUAUAAUUUUGACUUUAAUCGCUUAAGACCUAAUUCAGCAGUUGAGAAACAUGUUCCAUACCCUGUUAAAGUUCCCGUUGAAAAACCCGUACCCAUUGUCUUAGAUAAACACACUCCCCAUGUUCAAACGAAGCACAAACCAUACAAAGUACCUGAAUUCAUUCAAACACAUCACGAAGAAUCCCAUAGCGGUGCGGAAGAAGAAAGCUAUGGAGGACAUGAUUUCAGUUCAUCUGGAUCUUCAGGCGAAGGAUUAUCCGGCGGAUAUGAAAGCCAUGGAUGGCGUUAA